AUGGUAAUAGGCAAUGAAGCAGAAUUUGUAAUGGAGAACACUCACAUUUCUAGAGAACACAAAAGAUAUGUUGCUGAGUUAUCGAAGAACUUUAAAAAGGGAAGUAUUGGAAUACUCCAAUUGCUCAAUGGUGCAUACCAACAAUGGUGUGAACAAGUUGGUUUAAAGCCACAGCCUUUGCAAAUGGUAGAGUGUUUUAGCAAUGAAGAAAACAAAGAAGUAGAGUCUGGAGCUGUGAGAAGUAAAGGACCAAAAAGUACUUCCAACAAGCUGGCUAAAUCAGGCAAGACAACAAAUCCUGGAAAAAUCAGUCAUAGAUUAGCUGACUUGUCACUCUACUGGGAUAGUAAAAUGGUAGAUUGCUCUGUAAAAUAUUGGAGAGCCAAAUAUGGAAGAAAAGACAUCACAGUCAGGUUAGAAGAACGUUACGCCAUGCUAGAAAUGAAAGCCAAAAUAGAUGAAGUGUGGGCAUCAGCCCUUGGGUACAACAUAACUCACUGGACCAACAUAUGGAGCCAGAUUUUGCCAGACAGGGCCUUGUCAGAUGUAGGAGAGAAUAAUGUAAAAUCAAUGGAACAGGCUAUAGCGGACUCUAAAGCAACAGGUGACCACAGUUACAUUGAUGAUCCUUACUUAAUUGGAGGUGCCUUGGAGAACAUGUGCCCAUGGACAGGCAAGUAUCAAGUUGGCUGGGACAUAGAAGGUUCAAAUGGUAUGGAACAAGUAACUGUUAUACCAGCAGGAAGGCUUUUAUUGCGCUUGGCUCCAACCGGCAGAGCUUAG